AAUUUUAAUUUUCAGAUUUCACAUAUUAUUUGCAUUAGAUAAUGUAAUUAACAAGUAUGGGCAUAAAUUAGUGAAGUGCUUGAAUAGGCUCAUUUGUAUUAGUGAUAAGCAUAAAUUGAUUCAAGCAUUUUAUAGGAGACAAGUUACAUUAUUAUUUGCCUUUAUACUCAUCAUUUAUGGCACAGUUUAUUAUGUUUCACAUCAGUGUAUAGAUUAGCCUCUGAACCAAGCAAAUAAUUGGUUGACAAUGACAUGCAAUUUCUUAUACUGAAUGUUAUAUUUUUUAGCUUUGGGGGCAAAGGUAGCACCCAGUAUACCGUUAAGGGAUCACACAAAGAAUUUCCACAGGAGCUUUUCCACGAGUUGAAACUCAUCUGUCAGUUGCAGCAGCCAAGCAAGUACCAGUACCAUGAGCAACUUUGGGAUUCUCCUUUCAGCCAUGCCUUACCCAGAUGUCAUUGUCUUUCCUAGUAGUGCAGAAAUCAUCAGACAUAUCUCCUCUAUUUUUUACUGGUGUGUUAGAGGCUGUGGUAGCUGCCUUGUUUAUGAAUAUUUAUAUUGUUGGAUUGAAUCAAUUGUCGGAUAUUGAAAUAGACAGGAUAAACAAGCCAUAUCUUCCAUUGGCAUCCGGUGAAUAUUCUGUUGGAACUGGUGUCACAAUUGUUGCAUCAUUUUCAUUUCUGAGUUUUUGGCUUGGUUGGAUUGUAGGUUCAUGGCCAUUUUUUGGGCUCUUUUCAUCAGUUUUGUGCUUGGGACUGCUUAUUCAAUUGACAAAUUGGUGGUAUUUCCUCUCAAACUUCAAAAUUUAUGGAUUUUGAAUAAUUAUAUGGGGAACUGUUUGGAUAAGGAUCUGUAGCUGCAUUGAACUUGGUUGACUGGUUUAAGGGAAUGGUAAUAAGUCGUCGCAGCAAUGAGCUAGUCAAGCAGAUAAAUACAUUUUUCUAGGAUUAGUAUAAGGACUAAGUUUUUUAUGUACAUAGUAUCACUUUUUCUUUUCUUUUUUAUAUGGAAUGUUUAUAGAGUUUAAGUGCUAUAAGUAUUUUUUUUUCCAUUUUAUUUGCAUCACGAAGCAAAUUUGUACAAUGAUUAUUGAUUAAUGAAAGAGACUAUAAAAUUUU